UCAUUGAAAGCGCAACCAGCCAUCAGCUAGGACGGAUGUCAAGUAGUUUUUCCCUCGGUAUACCUAUGAGCGCGGGAAAUUCAAGAUGGUAAAACAAAAAUAAAUAAGUAAAUUCUGAUUACAGUGGCAUAAAAAGAAAUUGAAGAAAAUAGACCUGUUUCGUAGUGUGUGAAAAUAUAAAAUAAUAUUUUCAAUAUGAAAAAUCAAGUAAUAAAAGCUCGAUUUAAAGAUUUCGGAGAUGGUGGCUAAAAAAAAACUAAAUUAGAAAAGUGGAAUUAUGAAAUAAAUUUAAAAAUUUAGCAAAGGAAAACUGAAAGUUAUUUCAAAAUGAAAAUAAGAUUUAUGUCCAUUUUUAUGUGCGUGUGUUUGUUGAGCUUUGAUGGUGCUGCCGCGUGGUUUAAUUUAUUUGUAAGCAGAUCUGAAGGAAAAAGAAUAUUAGGUCUGAAUGCAGAACUCCGAUAUGUGGACAAUGGUACUGUCAAUGACUAUGCACUAGGAUUUUCUGUUAUGGUUCCAGACCCAAUCUGGGACCUCUAUUUCACUUGGCAGACUAUAAGAAACACCCCGGUUCCAUACUCCAUAAACAUUGGCGUGAGCAAUCCUGAAGCAAUGGCUAUUCCUCAACUGAAUAUAAGCAGGAAAGGGAACAUUCCAACAAAUCAAGAAGUAUUCCGAGUAGUGCUGUUGUGCACAGGAAAAGUGGACGCUGAAGUUGAAAUAUUUAUGAAUAUGAAUUUUUCGAUGUUGCCUCCCUUUCCGGAAACAACGCACCUCAUUUUAAAAAGAAAGAAGAUAUGCCACUUAAGAAAUGAUUCUUCGAUUGAUACUCUUAUGAUUGCAGAUGCUAUGAUCGCCACAGCUAGCUCUCUAUAUAUAGCAGUUGGUUGCGCUUUGGGCUUCCUGUUGGUUUUGAGCAUGGUAGUGACUCUCUUCUGCUUUAGAAGACACAAAAUUCGGAGAUCAGAUGCUAUACAUUAUGGCGGCAGCUCUCCAGCAUUAUCGGUAACGACGCAAGGUCAUCCCUUUUUAAGAGCAGAUACGCCGAAUAAUAAUAGUACUGUAAACAGUUAUGCAAGCAUUAAAAUUUAUACCCCCAUUACCAACACCACAUGCAUGGCCCCAAGUGAAUUUAAGCCUCUGUGGGAUCCGAGGGAUGUUUCUGAACAAGUUGCUAAAAUUCGAAUAGAUAAGAGAAAAAUCAACCUCCGAGAGAAAUUACAAGAAGGGACUUACGGUCAAGUUUAUAGUGCCAUUAUCAGAGAUGACGACAUGAUAGUGCCCCACAGCUUACCCACAUUUAUAAAAACUGUCACAAACCAAGCCAAUUCAGCUCAAAUCUCUCUGCUCAUCAAAGAAGGAAUGAAGAUGCUGGGUCUAAAACACGAGUUCAUCUUGCCUCUGAUUGGUCUUUGUACAGAAGAUCCCCUGCAUCCAAUGCUCAUUUAUCCCUACACCAGCAAGGGAAAUCUCAAACUAUUCCUCCGGAAAUGCUCCGGAGAUCCCUGUCACGCUUUGAUGACUAUUGAUUUGGUAUCGAUGGCCAUACAAAUUGUGAAGGCUAUAGAAUUUCUGCACGAGAGAGGAAUUAUUCAUAGAGAUAUUGCAACUAGAAAUUGCGUGCUUACAGAGAGACUUCGCAUCAAAUUGACGGACAACGCACUUGCGAGAGAUCUGUUUCCAGACGAUUACCACUGCCUCUGUGAUAGUGAGAACAGACCCAUCAAAUGGCUUUCCAUUGAGAGCAUCGUCAAGAACGAAUACACCUACUCCACGGACGUGUGGGCCUAUGGAGUUACAAUGUGGGAACUGAUAACACUGGGACAGCAGCCGUACUUAUCAGUAGAUGCAUUUGAAAUGUACUCAGCUCUGAUAGAUGGUUAUAGAUUAGACCAACCGAAAAACUGCCCUGAUGAUCUAUAUAAGCUGAUGCGAUACUGCUGGUCAGACGUACCCCAAAUCAGACCGUCAGUUAAUGAACUUUUGAGAACGUUGCAAGAUUUGCAUACAAAAUUAGGAAGCUUCGUUUAACAAUUUAUUGAAAUGCUUUCAUUAAUAAUUUCGCCCUAUGUGCUAUUCUCAUUUGAGGCAAGAACAAGCAUUUGACUUUAUGUUCUGAACUAAAUUUCUAACAGAGUCAAAAUAUAGUUAUAAUAUCGUUUAGUCCCUUUUUAAUGAUUUAUUAUUGCAUAGCAUGAUUAAAUUAAAAGCAUUUAAUUAACUGCACCGUUUCUGCUUCUGUUAAUAUUGUUCUGGAGUUUAAUUAAAACUCUUUUGAGUAAAUUAACCUUCGAAGAAUAUUAAGUAACGCGUAAAUUAUUAAGCAUCAUUUAAACUAAAAUUUAAUUUUUAAUUAUUAUGUAGGAUGCAUAAAUGUAUUAUUAUGUGGCCAUAUGUAAUUAUUAUGUAACCUGCAUAUUCAUAAUUUAAACAAAAAUAUAGCACACUUCGCGUAGAGUUCGGUUUUAACUUUUUAUUUUUGGCGUUAGCUAUGGCUCAGUUUGUAUCUGCUUUGUGUUGCCAACGUGAGAAAAAGAAAUUUCAUGGGAUUUGGGUCUAUACACAUAAUAAGCAUUUUAUACCACAUGGAUUGUCGGUAACUAUAGAAAGACCAGAAUAAUAUACAUAUAUUUUUGUUGUUUUUACUUUAUUUUAUGAUUAAAGCAUACAGACCACAAUAUAAUAUUACCAUUCAAAGACUACUUUGAAGACUACUAUGAAAGACUACAAUGAAUUAUUGCCGGAAUGUGAAAACAAAUCAACAGUAACUCGUGAUAUACCGAAGUGUUAAUUAAUAUUAUAAAAAUAUGUGAAAAUAAGAAAGUCUAAGAAAACUGUUUAAAAUCAAAUUUAUUAGGUUAGUUAUACUUUGCUUACCUACGUCACAAAUGAUAAGAAUUUCAAAAUUCUGAUUUCCUGUGACAAAUGAUAAAAAGAAUAAAAAUUCAUGAAUAUAUAAGAAUGAUAAAGCUAUAUGAUAUUAAUAAGCAUGUGAAAUAUGUUAUAAAUAAGUUAAUAGAAAACUGCGAUAAAUGAUAAGAAGAACAAGAAUCUUUGAAAGAUUGGAAUGAUAAGAUGUAUGUUAUAAGUACGUUUUGCUCUUUUUUAACGCCUUUUUGGCCAAAGAUGCCUCAACGCACUAUUUCAAUAAAUAUUUUUUAUUAACACUGUGACGUAUAUAUUUCAUUUUCAGCUAUUUUCUAGAGUUCUGGAAAUGUCUAUAAAAUAUUAAUUAAUUCGAUUGGAAUAAACAUUUUCUGUUAAUAAAUUUUCAAACUAAACUAGUUUUUUUCUGAACUUGAAAUAGUUAUUGACUUUUUAAAAAUGUAUAAUUAUCCCAUUUCAGACUAAUCAUAUGUUUUUACGAUGGAAUAAAGUUGCAAGUUCUCUAAAUAAAAUAAAAAUAAAACAAAUAUCAUGAAAAAAAACUAGCGUUCAACUAAGUGAUUUAUACAUUGACUUGGCAAUGGGACAUUAAAAAAAAAUUUUCCUGGACGAAAUUUUUUGAGUCUAAUGAAUGUAAUUUUAAGCAUAUUUCAAGGAAAACUAUACCGCAUUUCAUGAAAUUUCUAUGCUUGGCCUAAAGUGGGGUUUAUACAGACCAAAUAGUAUGAUGGCAUUUAUCAGGUUCAAAUAAUACCAGAUUUUAAAGCAAAAUAAACUUGUUCUUGCCUUGAUGUUGAUUGCCUUAUGGCAAGGGCUACCAAGGUGCAUGCUGAAUUUUAAAUCUAGUCAUCAGUUUGUUACGUGUAUGUGUGUGGCUAUGUUUUUAUAUGGAUAAAUAUUGUCAGAAGUGUUCAAAAUAGCCAAUAUUGUUUGCAUGUUCAUAGUGUGUUUCUAUUCAUUGUAUUGAAUUCUUCAUAAAUUUUUGUAUGUGGGAACUUAGAAAAUGGUUUUAGAUCUUAACAAGGACUUUAGUGUCAAGAAGCAGUGUCAACUGGUAAAUGCGAGUAUCCAGAAGCAGUUUAAAGAAGCAUCAAGUAGCAGAUUAAAGAAAACUGCGCAAUCGGCUUUAGUUUUACUGCAAAAUCAGUUUUAGCAUUACUUCAAAAUCAGUUUUAGUUUUUAGAGCACCUAAAAUUAAAGUUCAAAAGAUAAUUGGUUCAAAGUUUGUUAAAAUAUUCAAAUGGACGAAAAAAUUAUAGAUAAAAGAAAAAGUCUUUUCAGGGUUGAAAUUUUCUUAAAAAUGCACUGAAAAAAUCAAUUUUAUUAAAUUGAGUACAAUAGAAUUAAAAGGGAGCAGUUUGAACACGUAAAUAUAUAACUUAUUUUUAACUUUAAGGAUCCAUGUUAUAUUUUUUUAAAUAAGAACUAAAUUCAAAACAUAUUAAAAUAUGUUUUGAAUAAUUUUUCAAUUAAAUUAUUUUAAAUAUAUUUAAAAAUAUUUAAUUACAAUUUUUUAAAGUUUGUUUGAACGAACCAAAAAAUAUUUGGUUGGCUAAAAAGUUUUAUUUUCAUUCAGAUUUAUUCUAACAAUAUACUAAAACUCUGAAUUACGCCUACCUAUCUAUUUUCUUCGCGCUAUCUGGAGCAAAAAGCCUCAAGUCUCUUUUUCCAGGCACCCCUUUUGAGCCUGUCCUCUUGCCUCUUCCCAUCCAAUUAAUUUUGCUUCGCACAUAUUUUCGUGCAUAUAUCUUUGCUAAGUAAGUUUCGGCCUUCCUCUUUUUUAUUUUCCAUCGGGUGCCCAAGUAAGUGCGGUUUUAGGAUUGGUAUUCCGUUUUAGACGAAAAAUAUAUGUCCAGCCCAUCUCCAUGUUUUCUUCAAAAUUUCAAAGAUAUUAGCAUUUAUUUUCAUGGUUUUCGUUUUAUUCGUAUUAAACAGAUUUAAUUUACAUGUUCCUAAAAUGUUUCUGUUUUUUUUUUCUUCCAAGAUCGAUGAAUUUAGAUGAAAUAAGGACUAUGUCAUCUGCAUAAUCAAGAAACGUUAAAUUAUACUGAAUUAAGAAUUGAUGAAAUUGGAUGCAAAAUUAAAAUUAAAAAAAAUUACUAUGAAAUAUUGUUAGAAAUUUUGGACCACGUCGAACCAUAAUCUCGAUUUAAUUUGCAACAAACUUAAUAUAACGCUAUGCUGAGACAUAUAAUGCGACAUAAAUGCGAAUAAUUCUAGCUUGGCGUUAUUUUUGGCGUCGUUUUAACAGCGGUUACCUUGUAAAUCAAGUAGAACCAAAAAAGGCUUCAAAAAGUGAGUUUAUAUACACCCUAAUAAAACUGGUAAAAAACAGUCAUUAAUUUUUUUCAAUAAUAUGCAUUUAUAUUUUGCGAUGUUGAUAUUAAUUUGUGAAAUAAACGCAAUACGUGUCUGUAAAAAUUGUGAUAUCUGUAAAAAGUGCAUAUUAUGUGUUUUGAAAUACGUAUUGUGUUAUUAUAUUUAGAACAAAUAUAGACUGGCCGUCACGAGAAGAACUCCCAUAGGAAGUCUUGCCUAUAAUUGAGAAACUGGUAGAGAAAUCAUUUGCUUUCCUCUCGAAAAUAAGAUAGGAAAUUGAAUGGUUUUACUUCCAUUUAUUUCUCUGUCCCAGGUACGGGUCACUUUGGGAAUUUUUUCACGUGACGAUACAGAGAAAGCAGUUUUAUUAAUAAUUUCAUAAAAAUAAAAUUACACUAAUUUCAAAAAAAAAAUUUUUUUUUACAUUUUCAAGUUAAAUGGCUCAAACAUUUUAGAUGCUAAAUUUCAACAAAUGUGUUGUGUAUUCAUGUAUGUCUCUUUUUGUGUCUUAUGUAAUUGUAAACGCCAAAUAUGAUUAUGAAUUAUUCCUAUUUAUUUAUUUCAAAGUACUGCCUUUUGUUUCUAAAGUUGUUAUGAAAUACUUGUUGACCAAGUUUAUUGUAUUUUUAAUAAAAGUCUUUUAAGGAA